AUGGUUGGAGAAUAAAGAACAUAUGACAAUAUUGAAGAUUAGAUUGUUGUAAUUACAGGAGCAUCCUCUGGAAUCGGAAUGGAAGCAGCAAGAGAAUUUGCAAAAUUGAAAGCUACAGUGAUUUUUGCAUGUAGAGAUUAGGAUGUAACUGAGAACAUAAUUCAAGAAUUAGUCUAAGAAACAAAAAACAAUAAAUUACACUUCAUUUUCUUAGACUUAGAAUAAACAGACAGUGUAAUCUCUUUUGUUGAGUAAUUUAAAUAGAAGUUCAAAUAUUUGAACAUACUUAUUAAUAAUUCAGGGAUUGCUGAUUUUGAUUAAGAGAAUGUAAGUGGGAUUGAAAAAAUAGUAAAAGUCAAUUAAAUUGGUUGGGUCUUAUUGACUCAUUAGCUUAUUGAUUAUUUCAAUGAAAGAGGAAGAAUAAUUAAUAUAGUUAGUCAUAUGUACACUUGGAUUGGAGAGGAGAUAGACAUACUCAAAGCAUUUAAAGGAGACUUAGAUUAUAGAUAUGCUAUCAGUCAAUAUUUCAAGGUCUCUUCCUCUUUAUAUCUACAAUAAUUAUUAAAAGAUCAAAAUAAAGAUAUAAAAGUAUUACUGGUGGCACCUGGAGCUGUAAAUACAGAAAUCUUUGAGAAGAGUUUAAAAAACUAAGUUAUUUUAAGAUCUCUUGUUAGAGUGAUGAAAGUCAUUAUGGAUCCAUUUCUUCUAACUCCAAAUGAAGCCAGUUAAACUUACUUAUAUGCAGCUCUUAGACCAUAUGAUUAAAUCAAAGAUGAAGAAUUAUAUAAUUUUAAUAUAGUUAGUAAACUUAAUGAAGAUGUGAUUCGUUUUAAUUAAGGAUAAGAAAUAUAUGAAACUAGUCUGAAAUUAGGAUUCAAAGAUAUGGAGUUGCCAAGCAUUAAAAUAAGCAAACUACAUUACAACUAAAUUGGUAAUAAUCAAAAAACUUCAUGGCCUGAAUGCGUCGGAAAAACCAUUCAAUAGGCAAUUUAAAUAAUCAAAAAAGAUGGACCAAAUUUGUAGAUCCAAGUACUACCAGAGGGUUCUAUUGUAACUAUGGAUUAUAGGAGAGAUCGAGUAAGAAUAUUUCAUAAUCCUAAAGGGAUUGUGAUUUAAAUUCCUUCGAUUGGGUGA